AACGUCAACCUGAUCGGAAUAUGCGUUCUCUGCCAACCAUCUCAGAAAAGGUAUCAGAAGACAUUAGGAAAAACAGAGAGAGAAACGAAUAGCAACGACUUCCCCCAUUCCCCCCUUUGCUGGCUGAUCAAUUUCUCUCUCUCUCUCUCAACCAUCCCUCCCCCCACACACAGUUAGAGAGAGAGAGAGAGAGAAAAGCAAGGCGUAGAAACCACGUAAGCCGAUUCUUGUAGAGAGAGAGAAAGAGAGAUCUGAGCGGUAAAAAUGGGGACGCUACAGACAUGGAGGAAAGCCUAUGGCGCUCUCAAAGACACCACCAAAGUCGGCCUCGCCCAUGUCAACAGCGAUUACGCGGAUUUGGAUGUGGCCAUAGUCAAAGCUACGAACCACGUCGAGUGCCCGCCCAAAGAGAGGCACCUCAGAAAGAUUCUGAUUGCCACCUCAGCGAUUCGCCCGCGAGCCGAUGUUGCUUACUGCAUUCAUGCGCUUUCCCGGCGAUUGGCCAAGACGCGUAACUGGACGGUGGCAUUGAAAACACUGAUAGUCAUCCAUAGGUUAUUGAGGGAGGGUGAUCCUACUUUCAGAGAAGAACUACUGAAUUACUCACAACGAACACGCAUUCUCCAGCUUUCUAACUUCAAGGAUGAUUCAAGUCCAAUUGCUUGGGAUUGCUCUGGCUGGGUACGGACUUAUGCAUUGUUUUUGGAGGAACGACUUGAAUGUUUCAGGGUUAUUAAGUAUGAUAUUGAAGCUGAACGUCUACCAAGACCUUCCCAAGCGCAGGAGAAGGGUUACAGCAGAACCAGGGAUUUGGACAGUGAAGAACUGUUGGAGCAAUUGCCAGCUUUGCAGCAGCUGCUGUAUCGUCUUAUUGGUUGCAGGCCAGAAGGAGCAGCUUUUGGUAAUUAUGUUAUCCAAUAUGCCCUGGCUCUGGUACUGAAAGAGAGUUUUAAAAUAUACUGCGCUAUUAAUGAUGGGAUCAUCAAUCUUGUUGAUAAGUUUUUUGAGAUGCCAAGACAUGAAGCUGUAAAAGCCCUUGAUGUCUAUAAACGAGCUGGCCAGCAGGCCGCAAGCCUUUCUGACUUCUAUGAAGUUUGCAAAGGAUUGGAACUUGCUAGGAAUUUCCAGUUUCCUGUUCUGAGAGAGCCUCCACAAUCCUUCCUUACAACCAUGGAAGAGUAUAUAAGAGAGGCACCCCGGGUGGUUCUUGGUCCAAAUGAGCCAUUGCUUCAAUUGACAUACAGAACAGAUGAAGGCCCUUCUGAAGAAUCAAAAAUAUCCAGUGAUGAAGCUGAGGUAUCAGCUUCUGAUAAUGCUGAUGUGGCUAAAGUUGAGAUUACUCCUACUCCUCCUCCUCCUCCUCCUCCUCCUCAAAACCACCUGGAAACUGGUGAUCUACUGGGAUUGGAUUAUAACACUGCUGAUGCAUCGGCAAUUGAGGAUAGAAAUGCUUUGGCUCUAGCCAUAGUUCCAUCAGAUCCUGGUGCUGCCCCAACAUUCAAUUCUAAUGCCAGUCAAGCAAAAGAUUUUGAUGCUAAUGGAUGGGAGCUUGCCCUGGUCACCACUCCGAGUGGCAACAUUUCAUCAGUUAACGAGAGGCAAUUGGCUGGUGGAUUGGACUCGCUCAUUCUCAACAGUUUGUACGAUGAAGGAGCAUACAGAGCCUCGCAGCAGCCUGUUUAUGGAGCACCUGCGCCGAAUCCCUUUGAGGUGCACGAUCCGUUUGCUUUGUCAACUAGUGUUGCUCCACCGUCUGCAGUUCAGAUGGCAGCAAUGGCUCAACAGCAGGCAAAUCCCUUUGGUCCGUACCAACCUACCUUCCAGCAGCAACCGCAGCAGCAGCAACACAUGAUGAUGGCCCCAACUAAUCCUUUUGGUGAUACAGCAUUUGGUGCAUUUCCUGCGAAUCCCGCUGCUCACCCGCAAACAAACAAUCCAUUUGGAAGCACAGGCCUACUGUAAAGACAAUGUUUUGCACAUCCAGAAAAUGAGUCAGAGAUGGAGAUAUGCAUGAACUGAACGGCUUCCUUCUCCUGACUUCUGGGCAAGGUUUGUUUGCAUUCUUUUGAUGCAUGUUACAUGAUGUGUAUGUAUAUAUGAGUUUUUAGCAUUUCAUGAUUAGAAGAAAAAUUGUGUGUAUUAAUGAAGCCCAGCUUGUUGGAAAGAUAUCCCUUUAGUAGAGAGCAAUUUUUAUUAUUAUUUCCUAAUGUUAGUGGCUUGUGAAAGUUUAACUUUCAUUGCCUGCUAAA